AUGCCCACGAAAAUCGAAGGACCACUGGACCACGGUGUACUUGAAGAUGUCAAGUUAGAUACUACAGCCUGGAAAUCAGGACGAGCUACUCGUUGGAGUCUUGAUGUUGUUCGUCCAGAGUUUCUUUCUCUGAGGCCUGGUAGCCCGAAGAAGCUGCUGAGGCGUACAGCGUGGCUCGACGGUUUACGAGGCUUCGCUGCAUUCUUAGUCUAUCUUCACCAUCACCAGCUAUGGUCGCACGACAUCCACGGGAAUGUGGUCUUCGAAAACGGUUUUGGCUACGACAAACGCCAUUACUUUGCUGCGCUGCCUUUCAUCAGGCACUUCUUCUCUGGCGGGCACUUCGCAGUUGCCAUUUUCUUCGUCAUCUCCGGCUAUGUACUGUCUGUCAAAUCUCUCGGAGCAAUUCAGAAGAGCCAGCAUAUGGUCUCGGCAGAUGCUGUUGGUUCUGCUCUUUUCCGACGCUGGUUGCGUCUCUAUCUUCCAGUCAUUGGGUUCACACUGUCUUGGAUGAUUAUUCGACACUGGACCAACGUAUGGGUCGACUUCGGUGAACGCAAAGAUACGUGGGGUGAAGAGUUCAAGACCUGGUACUACGCCUUCAAGAACUACAGCUUCGUGUUCCUUACUGGUGAUAACCUCGACUUCACGACCAAGUACAACGGCCAUUUGUGGUCAAUCCCAAUAGAGUUUAAGGGAUCGAUCAUUAUUUACACCGUAACUUCGGCUCUCUCACGGUGCACGAGAAACGCCAGGUUGUGGUGCGAGCUUGCAAUGAUCAUUUAUUUCCUGUACGUCGUCGACGGUUGGUAUGGUGCUCUUUUCAUGGGCGGCAUGCUGCUAUCCGAUCUCGACUUGCUCGCCCUCGAGGAUGAGGAACCUCGCUUCCUAGCGAGAUUGGGAGAGUUCAAAGAGUUGAUAUUCUUCCAUCUCUUCAUCGUCGCAAUGUACCUCGGCGGUGUUCCUUCUUGCGAAUCACCCGAGGGCAAUCGAGACCUACUCGCUUCGUCGCCAGGUUGGAAGUGGCUCUUCAAAUUCAAACCGCAGGCUGUAUGGGAUGCCAAGUGGUUCUACCUCACUUGGGCCGCUAUCCUCACCGUCGCAUCUGUUCCUCGACUACCAUGGCUGAAGCGCUUCUUCGAGACGCGCUUCUGCCAAUAUCUCGGACGCAUUUCUUUCGCCCUCUACCUUGUCCACGGCAUUGUUAUCUUCGUGCUAGCCGAUCGACUCUAUGCAGCUGUAGGAUUCAAGAAAAACGGGCACAAGAAUAUCCCUCAGUGGGUCGACAUCUUUCCUUUGGCUAUGAAUGGACCUAUGGGCUUCGAGCUGGCGUUUUGGGCGGUGCAGGUCAUCAACAUUCCUGUCACAUUCUAUGUCGCCGAAGUUGUCACGAAGCUCUUCGAUGAGCCAAGCGUCAAAGCAUCCAAUUGGCUCUACAAGAAGACUCUGGCGCCGCAAUCGCCAUCGCCGAAGCGAUGA